AUGGAUACCACCCAACAUACCAACCUCCCAGAAGAAAUCCUUGCGAUUGUCCACCUUCAACAAACCCCUCACUUCCUCGAAACUCUCGCCAUAUCUGCGCUGAAGCCCAUACAAACUCUCAAAUUAUUCACAUAUUUUAAUUCCUUAAUCGCGGACUCAGCUGCAAGAUGGGUCACCAAUUCACAUCGUGGAAUUCAAAGAAAUGAAAUAAUCGAAGCCUUUUCACGAAUACUAUAUCUUGCGCCGCACCUCACUACCUUUCUCGAAAAAUACCUCUCCGAAACUACACCCUCUGCAGAACAUGGCGUUUCUCGCAGUAUACUUUGCCUGAAAGAUGGUGCAAGUGUCGUGGACAAUGCUCUGUCUGAUCUGGAACUGCAACGAAUUUUGCUGGCAACAUGGAGACUCCUCAAUUUCGACAAGCAGGCCUACUCUGGAACGAUUUCGGGCUCCACGAUACAGAGUUUCCUCGGGCAUACGGAUUUAGCAGUACGAUAUCUUGCCGUAAGGAUCUUCUGCCAGCUUCAAUUCGCCUCGGAUGAUAGAUUGGAGGCAAUGAUUGCGAAACAUGUUGGCUAUACAACGGCAGUAAUGGGAGACUUCGACGGCGAGAUGAUGGACUAUGGAUUUCUUAGUAUAUUCGAAGAAAAACGGCUGAAAAAUGCUGCUUCGGAAUUGAGGACUGGGGCAGGAAUGACUCAAUCUCAAAAGUCUUCCCAGGAGUUUUCGCCACUUGUGGUACAGUAUUCAAAUGUUCUGUUACCUCGUCCGAACGGCCAUCCAUCGCAGCCGUCUAAGCUCAUAGCAACAACCACAACUUCUCAGAAUAUGGAGUCUUUCUCCAAGGCCCUUAUGUCUUCAUCGCCAAUCUUACUUCACGGGCUAGCAGGUGCAGGAAAGACUUCUUUGGUCAACGAUUUUGCACGUGAACUUGGAAUGGAUUCGAGCAUGGUCACACUUCAUUUAAACGAGCAGACUGAUGCAAAAAUGCUUAUUGGAAUGUACGCUACAGGAUCCACACCCGGGUCAUUCACCUGGAGAGCAGGCGUUCUGACCACUGCUGUUAAGGAGGGACGCUGGGUGUUUAUCGAGGAUCUUGAUCGAGCUCCGAACGAAGUUAUUAGUGUAAUAUUACCACUUGUGGAGCGGGGCGAGCUUCUUAUUCCAAGUCGAGGCGAAACAGUAAAGGCCAAGGCAGGAUUUAAGCUUCUUGCGAGCAUUCGAACCUCCCUGAAUGUAAGUGGGGGUGAAAUUCAGCCAGCAUUACACAUGCUUGGAGCACGUAUGUGGCAGCGUGUACCCAUUCACAUGCCAACUCAAGACGAAUUCCGCGAAAUAAUCGAAGGCACAUAUCCAGUCCUACGUCAAUUUCUACCUGGAAUUAUCAGCGUCUAUGAACGAGUCUACACUCUCUCCCUUAAGCCUUCAUUUGCAUCCAAAAGUCGUACUUCGAUAGGACGUCCGAUAAGCCCCCGAGAUCUUUUGAAAUGGUGCCGAAGACUAGCUAGUGUUCUUACUUCCUCAGGAUCCAAAACUGGCAGUGAGCCUAUCAGCGACAGCACAAAGUAUGAAAUGUUCUUAGAGGCAGCCGAUUGUUUCUCGGGAAGUUUACAGACCGAGGAAGCCAGAAGGUCGGUGGUUUCUUGUAUUGCCGAGGAAAUGCACAUUGAUCCACAGAGCAUGGAACAUUUUCUCACUGCUCACAUUCCUCGUUACGAUGAUGGCGAAAAUGACCUUCUGAUCGGUAGGGUGCGAUUGACUAAGAAACGAAUCAGUCGCGUUACCAAACCUACUAAAAAGAGUCGCCCCUUUGCAAAUACGACCCAUGCCAAGAGAUUACUUGAACAAGUUGGAGUAGCAGUUCGAAUGUCUGAGCCAGUCUUGCUUGUGGGUGAGACUGGUAUAGGUAAAACUACUGUUGUACAACAGCUCGCGGAUUCCUUAGGAUACAAGCUCACGGCUGUCAACUUAUCCCAGCAAAGUGAAGUCGGUGAUUUGCUCGGAGGCUUCAAGCCUGUCAAUGUCAGAAGUCUUGCAAUUCCACUCAAAGACGAAUUUGACGAUCUUUUUGCAUCAACCGGUAUCUCCACCACCAAGAAUCAAAAGUACAUUGAUCAAAUUGGAAAGUGUGUUGCAAAGAGUCAGUGGAGCAGGGCAUCGAAAUUAUGGCGCGAGGCACCCAAAAUGUUCGAGAAAAUCAUUUCUGAGCUUGCCAAUAGAGAAGAGGCAAAUAUGCGCUCAACCUCAGAGCAGCCCACGAAGAGACGAAAGACGGAAUCAAAGUUACAGUCACUACUGAAAUUGAAGUCUCGUUGGUCAAGGUUCUCUCUGAGCUUGGACCAAUUUGAUAUUCAGUUGUCUGCGGGCUCCAAAGGCUUUGCUUUCUCAUUUGUCGAAGGCAACAUUAUCAAAGCAGCUCGCAAUGGUGAGUGGGUACUGCUAGACGAGAUCAAUUUGGCGUCACCAGAUACUCUCGAGAGCAUAGCGGAUCUCUUGCAUGGUGGUACCGGUUCUCCUUCAAUCCUUCUUUCUGAAACUGGUGAAAUUGAGAGAAUUCAAGCACAUCCAGAUUUCCGUAUUUUUGGUGCCAUGAAUCCCGCGACAGAUGUUGGAAAACGUGAUCUUCCUAUGGGACUACGUUCAAGGUUUACCGAACUUUAUGUUGAUAGCCCCGAUAAAAACUUAGAUGACCUUCUAGCUGUUAUCAAAGCAUAUCUCAAGGGUACGAGUAGCAAUGAUGACAGGGCUGCUCACGAUGUAGCACGCCUUUACAUGAACACUAAACGACUCGCCGAAGAGAAGCGGUUGGUCGAUGGUGCAAAUGAAGUACCGCACUUCAGUUUGCGAACAUUGACUCGCGUUCUCUCUUAUGUAACCGAAAUCGCUCCGUCUUAUGGCUUGCGCAGAGCACUGUACGAGGGUUUUGCUAUGGGAUUCCUGACUCUUUUAAAUCGAGAAUCUGAAAAGAUGCUCAUACCCUUGAUUGAGCAUCAUCUAUUGAAUAGCCAUGGUAACCCACAAGCUCUGUUGGCUCAAACACCAAAACACCCAGAGGAUGGAAAACAGUAUGUACGUUUUAUGAACAAGAAACGGGAUCGUCAAUAUUGGAUGCUUCAAGGCUACGAGACCCCUCAAGAGCAACCUCACUACAUCAUUACCCCAUUUGUUGAGCGCAACAUGCUCAAUCUUGUCCGUGCAACCUCAACUCGGCGCUUUCCAGUCUUAAUUCAAGGUCCUACUUCAUCUGGAAAGACCAGUAUGAUCGAGUAUCUUGCUAAGUUUAGUGGUAACAAAUUUGUGCGAAUCAAUAACCACGAACAUACUGAUCUACAAGAGUACUUGGGCACAUAUAUCUCUGACUCCGAUGGAAAGCUGCGUUUCCAAGAAGGAUUGCUUGUGCAAGCUCUUCGCCAAGGACACUGGAUUGUUCUCGAUGAACUCAAUUUGGCUCCGACUGAUGUUUUAGAAGCCCUUAACCGUCUUUUGGAUGACAAUCGUGAACUUCUCAUCCCAGAGACGCAGGAGAUUGUUCGUCCACAUGAGAAUUUCAUGCUCUUCGCAACACAAAAUCCUCCGGGACUUUAUGGUGGUCGUAAAACCUUAUCACGGGCGUUCCGUAAUCGUUUUCUCGAACUACAUUUUGACGACAUUCCGGAAGAUGAACUUGAUUUUAUUCUCGAGAAACGAAGUCAAAAGGUUGCGCCAUCAGAUUGCCGAAGAAUUGUCGCAGUGUACAAGGAGCUUUCACGUCUUCGACAGUCAACACGUCUUUUCGAACAGAAGGAUAGUUUCGCCACCCUUCGUGACCUUUUCCGUUGGGCAUUACGAGACGCAGACAAUAGGGAGCAGCUUGCCGCUAAUGGUUACAUGCUUCUGGCCGAACGUGUUCGCAACUCGGAAGAGAGGGCAGCAGUCAAGAACAUUAUCGAGACAGUUAUGAAGGUCAAAAUCGAUGUCGACGAUCUCUACGGCAACAGUCUUCCAGAGAUCAAAGCCUACAAUGCGACCCCAAAUUCGCAAGGUGUGGUUUGGACUCAAGCAAUGCGCAGGCUUUAUGUCUUGGUAGCUCAUGCCCUCCGUAACAACGAGCCGGUAUUGCUUGUGGGUGAGACAGGAUGUGGCAAAACCACAGUAUGCCAGAUGCUAGCUGAGGCCUUCGGGAAAACACUCCAUAUAGUGAAUGCCCACCAGAACACCGAGACAGGGGAUUUGAUUGGUGCGCAAAGACCAGUGCGUAACAGGGCCGCCGUCUUGGAGCAGCUCAGGCAAGAUCUUCUGCAUUUACUGAACGGAGUCGGUCAGGGGCAAUCCGAUUCUGAGGAUCUCGAUUCUUUGUGGGCAGCAUACAAAUCCUUACCCGAAACAACAGUCUCUCAAAUACCAAGUGAGCUGUCCUCCCGGAUUCAACUCAACCAAAUCAAGGCAAAGGCACUUUUUGAGUGGUCCGAUGGAAGUCUAGUACAGGCAUUGAAAGAAGGGCAAUUUUUCUUGCUUGACGAGAUAUCACUCGCAGAUGAUUCGGUUUUGGAAAGAUUGAAUUCUGUCCUAGAGUCCCAACGAACAAUUCUGCUCGCAGAAAAAGGUGUUGAGAACUCUUUCGUUCAGGCUGCUGACGGAUUUCAGUUUCUCGCGACUAUGAAUCCGGGAGGUGAUUAUGGCAAAAGGGAACUAUCGCCUGCUCUCCGAAACAGAUUCACCGAAAUCUGGGUUCCAGCCUUAUCAGACCAUGCAGAUGUCAUACAAAUUGUGGAAGCCAAGCUGAACCCAAAGCUAAAAGAAUUUGCUGAGCCUAUGGUAAGAUUUGCGGAAUGGUUUGGUGAAACAUACCGGUCUACAUCUUCGACCUCGGUAUCGGUUCGUGAUAUCUUGGCAUGGAUCAAAUUCAUGAAUGGAUGUUCGACUUGCAGUCCAUAUCAUGCUGUUCUACACGGCGCGGCUAUGGUGUUUAUCGACACACUUGGAGCCAAUCCUGCUGCACUAUUGGCAAUCAACCCCGAAACAAUACAAGAGGAACGCGCGAAAUGCCUGCAGCAGCUGGGCACAUUGCUCAGUCAUGAUGUCAAUGCCAUCUACUUCACGCCAACACAAAUUCAGAACCAGGAUAAUUCUAUCACUAUAGGCGGUUUCUCUAUUCCAAAACAGGCCGGCUCUGAUAGUGACCCAGGGUUUGCAUUUGAUGCCCCGACCACAAAACUGAACGGAAUGCGGGUGCUUCGCGCGCUCCAAGUUCAGAAGCCGAUCCUCAUUGAAGGUAGCCCUGGUGUUGGCAAGACCACACUGAUUGCUGCCUUGGCACGCGCGUGCAACAGACCUUUGACUCGGAUCAAUUUGUCCGAACAGACUGACCUCAUGGAUUUGUUUGGGUCGGACGUUCCUGUUGAGGGCGCUGAAGCCGGACAUUUUGCAUGGCGCGAUGCUCCAUUCCUUCAAGCAAUGCAACGAGGAGAGUGGGUACUUCUAGACGAAAUGAACCUUGCCUCCCAGUCGGUUUUAGAAGGUUUGAAUGCUUGUCUUGAUCAUCGUGGGGAGGUUUACAUCUCAGAAUUGGACCAGACGUUCAAACGUCAUCCGAACUUUUCUGUUUUCGCGGCUCAGAAUCCUCAUCAUCAAGGUGGUGGUAGGAAGGGUCUCCCCAGUUCCUUUGUCAAUCGGUUUACUGUUGUCUAUGCUGAUGUGUUUAGAAAUGAUGAUAUGAAGCUAAUUUGCCAGCACAACUUUCCUUCAAUGCCGCACGAAUUAAUUACGACCAUUAUUGAUUUCGUCACACGACUUGAAGACGAGAUUGUUCGCAAGCGGAGUUUUGGCUCCCAAGGCGGUCCUUGGGAGUUCAAUUUGCGAGACAUCCUUCGAUGGUUACACUUGCUGACAUCUUCAGCUCCUUUGCUUACUAGCAGAAGCCCAGCUGAUUUCCUGAAUUUAAUAUUUCGACAGCGUUUCAGAACUAACAAGGACCGUGAAGAACUCGAUGGUGUUUUUGCUAAGGCAUUCGGUGCCGAUGUACCAUUUCGUCAAUUCUUCCACAACAUGAGCUCAGCUGCCUACCAGGUAGGAAUAGCAUAUAUGCCAAGGCAUCCACUUUACCAACGCAUACCAUUUCCGAAAAUCGAUCCUGUUAACCGUCUUCCGGAGUUGGAGUCAGUAAUCAUGUGUAUUCAACAAAAUCUACCUUGUAUUCUAGUGGGAUCUUCCGGUUCUGGGAAGUCUACAAUUCUUGAGCAUAUUGCGGCUGCCAGUGGCACAUCUCUCACAGUAUUUCCCUUGAACGCAGAUGUUGACACCAUGGACCUCGUAGGUGGAUUCGAGCAGGUUGAUCCACGACGAGCCGCUAGCAGGUUUCUUCAAGAACUCCUUGAGUUCAUGGAAAGUCGUAUACUUGGCACGCUUCCUGAACAAGUUCCCGAUGAUGCAAUCAAAGUUCUCGAUAUUUUGAGAAAAGAUGCUAUGAAUUCCUCUUUCUCGUUCCAAGAAAUUUCCCGACACCUUCGACAGCUCGAACAGACAAGCUCAUUGUCAGAAUUCGGGGACUUGGCAGAGACGUGCGAGACUUUUGCAAGUCGUCCUAUGGCCAUUGAGAAUGCCAGAUUCGAAUGGGUAGAUGGUGUCUUAAUCAAAGCCUUGGAGCAAGGAAAAUGGUUAGUCUUUGAUAAUGCUAAUCUAUGCAGUGCCUCUGUAUUGGACAGGUUGAAUUCGCUUCUUGAGCCAAAUGGAUACCUCAGCAUCAAUGAACAUUGUGGGCCAGAUGGAGAACCCAAGAUUGUUAAACCACAUGCCAAUUUCCGAAUUUUCCUAACAAUGGAUCCUCGAUUUGGGGAGCUAUCUCGUGCCAUGAGAAAUCGUGCAGUAGAAAUAUUCCUCGAGCCACUCACUCCGGAGACUGAACCUAAUACAGUCGCUGAGUUUUCUAUUGUACCAGAAGCCUCACUUCAGAGAUAUCGCCAGGUAUCAAAGAUUCUAGACCUCAAAAGCUCAGAUCUUAACCAAUCAGAUCUAAUUAAUCGUAUUGCAUUGGAUAAUUUGGCUUGGUCCGAUUUGCCUCUUCUUACAAGAUAUGUUGAAAGCGUGGUCCAGAGUCUUGAGCAACAGGAGAUACCUACUGAAAAGCUGUCGACAAUCUCUCGGCAAUAUAUGCAAUUGUACCAAUCCGAAGACAACCGCGAUCUGAGACAUGCAGUGGGAGAUUUAUUAAACAAAGUUGCGAAGAAGACCUUAUUACCCGUGGGCUUCGGUGACGCACAGAUCAUCCAUCCUCUCCAAAAUUCGCCAUUGGUGCCAUUACUGCAGUCUACGUCCGAUGAAUCACAGGUUUAUUGGGUUGCAGCAUGCCUAGAGUACAAGCUUCAGAUUGCUGCCGCAUUAGAGGCCCAUCAAGAACAGCAGUCUGUCAUCCAAACCCUCAAGCCUUCCCAAAUGAACCGCCUUCAGCGAUCCAUGGUCAGUGACAGAGUAGCUUCAGUCGCGAAGGACUCUACCGUGCGAGUCUCUCACUUUUUGAUGCAUACGCUUAAGUGCAUCAAUUCCUGUCUGAAUGCUCACGUUACGGAAAGUGAUCAUUGGAAGUUCCGAAAACACACAAUCACUUCUCUCAUUCGCUAUUGGUGGAGUACUUACAACCUUGUCACCGCAUCAAAAUUUGAAGAGGCAGCGUUCCAGUCUCAUUUAGCAAUUGGAAAUACUGUAUUGGAAGGACUGUCCAAAGAGAGCCCUUUGAUUGAUGAGCAAAAUUCAAUCAUCACGAGUUUUGCUUCAGACUUACAAACAAACUUUGCUUCUGGCUUUAAGCUGACAACAGGUCUAAGCAUGGAGCUUCUUUGGAAACAUCUUCGACCUGUAGUUGCUACCAAGCUUGAAGUCAUGGAAAUAAUGGAUCAUAUGGAAAAAUUGGCUGCGAGAUUCGACGCCUUGCGAUGGAAAGCCUCAAUCUCAGUCACUGAACUCGGGGGCAUCAUGAUGUCUCUCGUUAAAGCACACCAACUUCUUCUAUCUUCGGAUGUGGACGGAGCUGCUCUCAUUCAGACUUUGACCUCGGAGCUUGAUAAUCUUGAGAAAAGUAUCGAUACGGAAGAGGAAAGCCCCAGACCAUUCUUGCAUGAUCAAUUUGAAGCUCUGAGGCAAUUCCAGGUACUCGCAGCUCUGGCAUCUAAUGAACAACCCGGUGAUACUGUUGAUGUUGAAACCGUUGUUCUUGCCGAUCAUCCCAUUACAUCGCAAAUGCGUCUGGGUACAUCAAGCCCAACUUCAUGGCUACUACAGAAUAUCGAUUAUUUAUGGUCCGGAGAGCAUGGCCUUCAGCCUAUCACGGGCAACUUCUCGACUGAUUUCUUACAUCAAAUGAAUGUUAUUGGCGAGGUUGACCUCAAAUCUCUUAGACUACUUGAGUCUGAGCUACCUGUCAUGGCGGAAAAGCUUGCGAAGUCUAGUGGGAUUUUGUCAAACAGCCAAUUGGUGGCUAUCAAUCAAGUCUUGUCACACCUCACGGUGGGCAUCAUUGGAGCGCAUGGCGACAAGAGUUCGAAUGAUUAUCAAACCAGGAAAGAUGUUUUCUCGGCACAGGCCAGCGCUAACGCCCGGCAAGCAAUUACUCUGGACAAUUUCUAUGAAGUCAUUUCCGCUCACCAAGCGACAUUUUUUGAUGGCCAACCAUUAAUUGACACAGAUGUCAACUCUGAUAUUGACAUCUCAAUUUUUGCCAUGGAAGCUGCAAAUACUUCACCUCAAUACAAUAUGGAGUAUUCGGCUCUCGCUUGGGUUCAUUUCGCCGUGGGCUGCAUUGCUCUCUACGUUCCCGAUCGAUCUUUUGAUCCUGAUAAGAGGCAGCGACUCGAGCGACAAAGGCACGAAGAAGUGAUCCAGGAGUUACAAGAUAAGCUCGAUGCCCUUCGAAAUUUUGAACGUCUCUGCUCUGCUCAAGAUUCAAAUCUCCGCUGCCAACUUAUUGAGGCAGAGAUAGUAGAGAUUGGUGAGCCUCCAGAAGCAUCACAGCAAGUUUACCGCCCUGAAACGUCGGAGCUAGACAAGCUUCAGGGUGAGUUCAAGAAUCUCUUGAAAGUUGUGCUCCCAUCACCUGCUAUUACCUCCAAAAUCCAUCAAUAUUUGAUCAACGAUGAUCAAGAUAUCUUAAACGAAAUAAAGCUCAUCCAAAAUAACGUCCUUCAAAUCAUACGACGUCUUUCUGAGCGUUUCCGCGCAUACAGUGAUCUUACUACACCUGUUAUCAAUAUUCUUCACUGUCUCCAAAUUGGGUUGUAUAUGGCGGCACUCGUAUCAAAAGAGCCAUCGGACAACAGUAAAGCAGCUUUGGCUCUAAGCAAAGCAACGCCAUUCUUGGGAGGUACUCCUAAUUCGAUUGAUGAAGAGGUUGUAUCUGGUCAGCCAUUAGAGUACUUGACAUUGAUGGCUACAACUACAUCAAUUGAAUCUAUCGACUCGUUAGAUCUCCCCACCAGGGAAUCGCUUUUUGCUUCGAUUCACUCAUGUUAUGAGCAAUGGACCAAAAAGCUUGAUUCUGACCGCCUCGAGGGGGAAACUAAGUCGGGUCUUUACAGAUACCGUGGAAGUGCCGAAGACGAAGAUGAGGUUGACGAAGAGCAAUUCAAUGAGCUUUUCCCUUCGUAUGAUGAAGAAAGCCCAAGCGAAUCAAACGCUACGUCACAGCAGCAAAACGUCAGGGACAUUGCUGUCACCCUAGCUCUCGUGCAUGGAGAUAUCUUCUUGGGCGGAGCAUCGCCAUCCGCAAGCAUAAUGUCUUUGAUAAAGCACAUCUCUACCCAUAUGGGCAAAUUCAAAGGAAGUGAAGCUGGAUUAGGGGAUCAGAAUAUGAUCAAGGACCUACUUCCAGGCUCGCUUUUGCUUUUAAGUGACAAAAUUGAUGCUUUGAGUUCUUCCGCUACAGUACCUGAAAAUUACAAUUUCUACACAGACGCAAACCUACCAGAAACUCGCAAGCUGGUGAAUCUGAUUUAUCAAGUACAAACAAGAUUCAGAGAGCUCCAAGCUGUGGAUGAGAUCGCGCACAUGCAACCGCUUGAAGAUGUCAUGGUCUCGUGUAAAGAAUUGCUUCGUUUCCGUCACACAGAGCCACUUGCCAAGAUCAUCACUAAGGUAGAGAAAGUCCAUGGCUUCAUGCACGAAUGGCAAUUUGGGGGUUGGGCGAGCCGUUCCAAUUCUGCAAUCGCUCUAUACGACAAUUUGACUAAUACCAUAGUCAAUUGGCGCCGUGUUGAAUUGUCGACAUGGGCAAAAUUGUUCGACAUGGAAAACAAGCAAUGCGAUGACAAUGCAAGAUCCUGGUGGUUCGUCGCAUACCAAGUUAUCAUUGCUGCUCCGUUAUCGAUGUGUGAUUCGGUCGAAGAACUCAAAUUCUAUGCCCAAAAGCUUCUGCAGGAUCUUGAGACAUAUUUCUCAACAGCUAUCAUUGGCCAAUACGUACAGCGUCUCAAAUUGCUGAAGCAAUUGGAAAAACAUGUUGAUCUCCUGGUAUUAGACUAUCCAAAUAUGGCUAUAAUUGCGAAUGCACUGGCGAAUUUCAUCGCUCUUUAUUCACGGUACGAAAAAUCAGUCGAGGAUAGCUUGAAAAUAGGUCGAGUAUCGCUGGAGAAGGCCAUGCGCGAUGUGCUACUUCUUGCAAGUUGGAAAGACACCAAUAUCGUUGCCCUACGCGACAGUGCUAAGAGAUCUCACCACAAGCUUUUCAAGAUUGUUCGAAAAUACCGAGCACUUCUUGGCCGACCCAUGGAUUCGCUUAUCAAGCAAGGGCUUCCCGACGGAGCUGCCGCUAAUGAGGCCGGAACAAGCUACCUUGCAGCAGCACAGUUUCCAACAGUUGACCAAUCGGCUCUUGCAUUAUGUGCUUCCACAAUUCCAAGCUGGACAGAGAAACCGAAGAGAUUCAUCAACGUAUCCAACACUGUCAGCAUGAUGGUAGACAAGAGCCAAUUACCCUCGUCUACAGUAGAAGUAUCUAGCUAUCUCGAAUCAUUCCUCGAGAACAUCAUUACGUCAACUUCAGAACUACAAAAAGCCACCCCAUCAAUCCUUACAGAAGACAACAAGGAUACUGUCAAAUAUCUAAAAUCCCAAAAACGCAAGGUGUUCGCUGAUACAUUGAAAGAUCUUCGUCAAAUGGGGAUCAAAUAUAAUUUGGGCGUGAACGCACUUGCUAAGCAAGAAUCACUCUCUCUUGUUUUAGCGAAUACAGAUUACAUCUCCUCAACUGGUUCCCAUGAUUCAGAGUACUACUUCCACAAGACAGUCGAGCUCGCUCAAAGAGCAAGAGAGGCAGCAAGGCAAUAUUCUGAUGAUCUAAGUAGCGCUGAGAUUGUUAGAAGUACAGGAUUCUUGGAAGGCUUGUUGCAAGCUCUUUUGAGCCAGCGCAACAUACUCUCGAACACAAUGACAAGCAUGAAUCUCUUCAAAGAUAUCAUCAAGAUGGCAAAGGGACUCUGGGCCCCAGAGAUAUACAAUAUCAAGACUACUACUACAAAUUCUAACCAUGAAAAUGUCCUACGCUGGUUACCAAAUAUUUUGGGCGUUGGACUGGAGCUUGUCAACACACAUGCAAAACUUAGUAAGGUUGACGCCAAUUCAGUAGUAGAAGAACUGUCCUCGUGGAAAGAUAUAUUGGUUGACCUCCGGGAAAGAUGGUCCUCAUCGUCUGUCUUGCCAUCUGGAAUCAUGUCGACUCAGCGCCAAGAACUCAAAAUGGCUGUCAAUGAUGCAACUCAGCAAUUAUCAAUCGAUUUGAGCGAUCUCAACGAGCAGCGUCCAGACUUAAGCUUCAUCAUCGAUCAGAUCAUACCUUGGAUUACAAUCAGCUCAUCGGCAGCUGCAGCUUUCUCUAAGCACGCCACUCUGGAAACCCUUGAUCAAAAACUGUCCACUGUUUGCAAUUCAAUCCUCGCAGCAAUGGAGAAGUAUCAGAAAUCCAUUGUUGAUCUUCCAACCUCGACUGAAGAACAAGGUUGGCUCAUGAAGAGCGACACUAUCCUUGCAAACAGCAUCAGAGCUCUUCAUUGUGAGAGUGUUGCAGAACAACUCAAGCAAUCGUUCGACAUUCUUCGACAUCUCAACCUCACAGACGACGUUACUAGCCAAGGAGCCGGUGCAAUAUUUGCAGUUUCUCUUCCAAUCAUCCAGCAAUACUACAAUACAUUGGAAGAAAACAUUGUUCGAUACGCCACUUUACAUCGUUCAACAUGUAAGACCUCAUACAUUCUUGCCAAGACUUUCACACAAAUCGCCUCUCAAGGUUUCUGUACCCCAUCGGAAAAACAAGAUCCGCAAGACGGCAAGACUGAAAAAUUGGAAGGAGGAACUGGACUUGGCGAAGGAGAGGGGGCCGAGGAUAUCAGCAAAGAUAUUGGCGAAGAUGAAGAUCUCGAUGAAUUGGCUCAAGAGCCGAACAAAGAAGAAAAGGGAGAAAUCGAGGAUGAGCAAGAUGCGGUUGAUAUGGCCGAUGGUGAGAUGGAGGGUGAAAUGGGAGAGGCUGAAGAAAAGGGUGAAGAUGAAGAAGGUUCUGACGAAGAAAAGGAUGGUGAUGAGAUGGAUGAAGAGGCUGGAGAUGUGGAUGAUUUAGAUCCUAACGCAGUGGAUGAGAAGAUGUGGGAUGGAGACAAUGAGCAGGCCGAGAAAGAUCAAGAAGGGGAUGAUUCAAAGGGGAAGGCUUCCAAAGACGAACAAGUCGCAGCUCAAGAAAACAACAAAGAAGCUGGGGAGGGUGACGAGGGAGACGAGGGCGAAGAAGAGGAGGAGGAGAUGGCUGGAGCGGAGCAAAGCGAAGAGGUCCAGCAACAAGAUGAUGUAGAAAAACAUGAUCCGCAUGCCGACGAAGGGGAGGCUUUGGACUUGCCUGACGAUAUGCAAUUAGAUGGAGAAGAGAAAGAAGGAAGCGAUGGAAGUGAUGAUGGGAUGGAUGAUCUCCCAGAUAUGGAGGAUGAGGCCAAAGAGACAGAUGAAGUUGCGAAUGAUGGAAAGGAAGAACCCGACGCCGAAAACGCGGAUGGCCAGGAGGAUCAGAAUUUGGACGAUGAGAUGGAUGUUAUUGAUCUGGAUGAAGAGAAAGACGAAGAAGGCGAAAAGACAGAAGAAGCUGGGGAGAAAACCGAGGAAGAACCAGAAGAAGACCAGCAGCCGGAAGAUCAAGAUGGAUUACUGCGUGAUCGUGACGAUGAAGCAACAGCUGAUGCCGAAAACGCGGUGCCGAGUGAUGUUCAAGGCGUCGGAGAAGAUCAGGAUGACAACGAAGCCGAUAAAAAUGCCGAUUCUAAUAGCAAGGCCCAGAAAGAAGAUGGUGGCCAAGGUGGCGACUCAUCUGAAAACAAGCAAGCCGCUGCAGAGGACGGGGAAACUGGCCGACAAGCUGCAGGUGAUGCUCCACAAGAUGCUCAAGAUGACACUCAAGAUAGUUCUGCUGCUCAGCCAUUCAAGAAGCUUGGAGAUGCGCUCGAGAAGUGGCAUCGUCAACAAUCUCAAAUCAGAGAGCCCACAGAGCAGAAAGACCAAAGCCAAGAUCAAAACAUCGACAUGGGUACUGAAAGCAAUGAAUUUCAACAUCUACAAGAUGAAGAUGCUGAAGCCGAUACUCAAGCACUGGGAACUGCUACGGAGGAACAAGCUCAUGCUCUUGAUGAGUCUAUGGCCGUUGAUACAGAAAGUAAAGAUAUGCCAGAAACAUUCCAGCCAGACGAGGCCGAGAAAGAUUCCCUCGACGAAGAUAAUGUUAUGGAUCUCGAGGAUGAUGCUCCAGAACCAGAAGAGCCCUCGACCGCGUACGAAGGUCGAGCCGGUGCUUCCAUUCAUCAAGCCAAGAACAAUAUGGAUGAAGAUAUGGACGACAAUACGCACGCUCAAGCCAACGAGGACAUGGAUUCCGAUGUUGAGGAAGUUGACACACAACUCGACAAUACUCAUCUCGAUACUACUACCACCAUUUCUGUGCGAUCCGCUGCCGAAGCUCGUGCUCAAUGGACUCAUUACGAGUCUAUCACACGUCCACUCUCUCUUUCUCUGACCGAACAACUUCGAUUAAUUCUCGCCCCUACCUUGGCAACUAAGAUGAGGGGUGAUUUCCGUACCGGUAAACGUCUCAAUAUCAAGCGAAUCAUUCCUUACAUUGCCUCCUCAUUCAAGCGCGACAAAAUAUGGAUGCGUCGCAGCAUUCCAUCCAAGCGCUCUUACCAGAUCAUGCUCGCCGUCGAUGACUCGAAAUCUAUGGGAGAAUCUGGUUCUGGAAGUCUCGCGAUGGAGACAUUAGUCAUGAUUUCUAGAUCUCUGGCUAUGCUUGAGGUUGGUGAGAUCUGCGUCCUCGGGUUCGGAGAGAAUGUGAAAGUAGCACAUGAAUUUGAUGUGCCCUUCAGCUCCGAGGCCGGUCCUGUCAUCUUUGAGAAUUUCGGAUUCGAGCAACCGCGAACAGAUAUCACGAGACUCAUCCGCGAGAGUAUUGCGUUAUUCCGUACCGCGCGACAAAAGGCAUCGUCAUCACCUGCAGACCUCUGGCAAAUCUCUCUGAUUAUCUCAGAUGGUGUAUGUAGUUCUUCGGAACACGAUAACAUCCGUCGAUUGUUGAGAGAAGCAGAGGAAGAGAGAAUACUGAUGGUCUUUGUGAUUAUGGAUGAUGUGAGAACCAAAAAGAAGGGAGAAAGUGUGUUGGAUCUCAAGGAGGCGAAGUUUGUGAAGAAUGAGAUGUCGGGGAAGAGUGAGGUGAAGAUCGAGAGAUACCUGGAUACUUUCCCUUUUAGAUAUUACGUUGUGGUUGGGGAUGUGGGAGAAUUGCCAGGUGUGUUGGCGGGAGUAUUGAGACAGUGGUUUGGAGAGGUUGUUGGUAGUGGUUAA